AUGUCGAGAUACGGCUGGUCUAUCAGCCGCGAACAACUUUCGCCCUACGGUUCUGUCCCCGGCGGUGUGCCCGCCGUCACCGACGAUGACUUUAGCUACAUCACUUCCCAAGAUCUGGAUGAUGUGACCGAAGCCCAGUAUUAUCCCAGAUCUCACUCGGCUGCCCCGCCAGCUCCCGAAGACGACGUCCUCUUGAUCAAGAACAGGGGCGUGACAUAUCCGGCGCACUUUCCUGCGUAUGCAAUCGGAGAUGGAAAGCUGCGGGUGAUAGACGUCAAGGACCGGGUCGCUCUCAUGAUGGAGCUGCCUGUGCGGGGAACCUCACGGAUCAAGCUCCUAUACAAGGGCAAGCAGCUCAAGGACCCCAUGGCGCCAGUUCGAGAUUACGGCGUCAAAAACAACAGCGAACUGAUGGCGGUGAUUCCCGAGAUUGAUGAUAUCAGCAGCCCAUCCGACGAGGAGAUGGUGAUUGUUGAUGCGCCCCGGGAAGACAGGAAAGCCCGCCGUCGCAGAAAGAAGCGUGACAAGAAGAAGGGCAUCACCAGUGACGGUGACUCUGUGUCGGCGAGCAGCCCUCGCGACAGUACCUCUACGUUUGAUCAGCCUCGAUCACCUCCUGCGCCGCCUGUGUCCUCUGGAGCGACCAGUGGCCCCAUGAAGGCUCUGGACGAUCUCGCUGUCGAAUUCCAGAUCAAGUGGCUGCCCCUUUGCACUGACUACAUCGAGGCGCCCCCCUCCGAUCCCAAGAAGCGGGAGGAGGAACAUCGCAAGGUGUCAGAGUCCAUCAUGCAGCACAUCAUGCUCAAGCUUGACUGCAUUGACAGCGAGGGUAUUGCAGAGGUCAGGGCGAGGAGAAAGGAGCUGGUCCAGCAGGUCCAGAAGACACUGAAGGAACUGGAUGUUGCAAAGGACUCAUAA